AUGCCUCCUAUAGCAGGAACGAAGAAGCUUAAUAUGGGUGGGGCUUGUAUUGAGGGUGUUAGUGCUGGUUGCAGGGGACUGGUCAUAAAUGAGGAGGGUUGUUUGAUGGGAGGAUUCUCCAAGAAUGCAGGGAGCUGUAGUAGUUAUAUGGCUGAGUUAUGGGGUCUUCUUGAAGGCUUGAUUUUUAUUUUAGACCUUGGGUUCAGGAGAGCCGAAGUUAAUACGGAUUCCUCUGAGAUUGUCGUGGAAAUAAAUCAGGGAAGAUCUAGGAGAAGUGAUAGGGUGGAGUUGCUCAGGAAGAUUGAAAGUCUGUUAGAUCGUUUUGAUGAAGUUGUUGACUUACGUACGUUUAGAGAAGCUAACCAAUGUGUUGACGCCCUUGCUAAAACUGGGUGUAGAUCAAAUGAAGAUAUGCAUUGGUUUUCUACUGCUUCUAGUUUUAUUGAGCAAUUGCUUUUAGAGGAUAUCUUAGGAGGUUACACCCUUAGGGAGGUGUCUUUGUAG